AUGUCGCGUCCUUUCGACGCCGAAAACGUCGAGCAUCGGGAUACCUCCCAUGACUCGCAUGACCACACAGAUCAGCUUGCCGACAAGCAGAUCGGUGUCGUCGCUGCUGAAGCUGGUCGCACUGUAGCCGAUUGGACCCUCUGGAUGGGCAUUCUCGGCAUUGCGCUCGUCGCCUACCUUUACGGUCUCGAUAACAACACCAUGUGGGCUUGGCAGACCUACGCCACCACGUCUUUCAACGACUACCCCGCCUAUACCGCCGUCUCGGUUGUUCAGGCUGUCAUUAUCGCUGUCGGCAAGUUCCCCAUCGCUAAGCUCGCCGACGUUUUCGGUCGUGCUCAGGCCUACGCUCUCUCCGUCUUUCUUUGGGUGCUUGGCUUUGUCAUCAUCGCCAUAGCACAGAACACUCGUUAUGUCGCCGGUGGUACCGUCAUUUAUGCCUUUGGCAACACUGGUGUCCAGAUCAUGCAGCAGAUCGUUCUGGCCGACUACAUCUCUACCAAGUGGCGAGGCGCCGCCAUCGGCCUUGUCAGCCUUCCCUAUGUCAUCAACUUCUGGGCCUCGGCUCAAAUCUACCCAAAGAUCGUUGCUGUUAACUGGCGAUGGGGUCCCGGCUUCUUCAGCAUUUGCGCUCCCGUCGCUGCCUUCUCCAUCAUUUUCGCUCUUGCCAUCAACCAGAGGAGGGCCCGAGCUAUGGGCCUCGUCCCUUCUCGCCCUUACAAGCACAUGUCCUUCCUGGCCGCCGUUUACAACUUCCUCAUUGACAUUGAUGCCCUCGGCCUCUUCCUCAUCUGCGUCGGCUUCCUCCUCAUCCUUCUUCCUGUCAACCUCGCCAAGCUCCAACCCAACGGUUGGUCUACCGGCUGGAUCAUCGCCAUGCUCGUUAUCGGCGGUGUCAUGCUCAUCAGCUUCUGUGUAUGGGAAUGUGUGGCCCCAAAGCCUAUCCUUAACAGGCGAUGGAGGCUCAACCACGAUGUCCACUUUGCCACCGCCAUCGGCUUCUUCGACUUCUUCAGCUUCUACGCUUCUUGGGUUCCUGCCUACUAUUGGUCUCUCAUCGUCAUGGGUUACGACAACACAGGUGCUACCUACUUCUCCAACUGUCAAUCGCUUGCCUUGACCGUCUUCGGUAUCGCUGCCGGCUUCCUUUCCCUCGGCACUAAGAACUACAAGUGGAUUAUGAUCUCGGGUGCUUGCAUUCGACUGCUCGGCAUUGGUCUUAUGAUCAAAUACCGUUCCUCUGGCUCCUCCAACGUCCAGGCUGUCUUCCCCCAAGUUCUUCAGGGUAUGGGUGGUGGUUUUCUCGGUAUCACCCUCCAGGUUGCCGCCCAAGUCAGCGUUCGUCAUCAGGACGUUGCCACCGUCACUGCUUACUUCUUGCUCCUCACCGAGAUGGGUGGUGCCUGUGGCAAUGCCCUCGUUGGCGCCGUUCAGACCAACGUGCUCCCCGGCUACUACGAGAAGUACCUUCCCAUGCUCAACGCGACCCAGCGCGCUGCUAUCUAUGCAAGCCCUUUCACCGCCGUCUCUCAAUACCCCAUCGGCACCCCUGAGAGGACUGGCAUGAUCAACGCCUACAACGACUACAUGCACAUUCUUCUCAUUGUCGCCAUCGUGCUCGCUGUGCCACCCAUCAUUCUCGGCCUUGUCGUCAACGACCGCAAGCUCAACGACAAUCAGAACUGUGUCAGCAACGAGCUUGCCGGUAUGAGGCGUAUGUCGAGCGAGAACGAGUCCACUGACAACAAGUAA